UCUGGAGUCAUCUAGGUAACACAGUCAGUGUCAAAAAAAACCUUUGCCUAUAAUAAAAAAAAAGUGACAGUUGUGCCGCCAAAUUUAAAUGUGACAUGUGAAAGUGAUCAAAAUUAAAAAGUGAAGUGUAUGUUUUUAAAAGUUAGGUGAUAUUGAAGAUGAAUAAGCUAGAAAACUUAGCAGUGCAGCUGUUCGACGCUGGUGCGGUCAGGCUUGGAGACAUAGAAGCGAAGGUGGGGAGACAUACUCCUAUAUACUUCGAUCUGCGGGUCAUUGUGUCACAUCCUAAGAUGAUGACCGCAGUAUCCCAACAACUUUUAGAACUUGCAUCAGAAAUAGAGCACGACAUCCUGUGCGGAGUGCCCUACGCGGCGCUUCCCUUCGCUGCCGUCAUGUCCGUCAACGGGAACACGCCCAUGAUUAUGAAGAGAAAAGAAACAAAACUAUACGCCACCAAAAAGAUUCUGGAAGGCGUGUACAGAAAGAACCAAAAAUGCCUCGUCGUUGAGGACGUAGUGACAUCUGGUGGUAGCUUGCUUGAAACAGUUGAAACGCUUCGAAACGAGGGCUUACAAGUCACAGACUCUGUCGUAGUUCUCGACAGAGAACAAGGUGGCGCUAGUGUGCUGAAAGCGAACGGUGUUAGCGUCAAAUCGAUAUUCACAAUGACGAAUUUAGUGAACAUACUGCGAAAAGCUGAACGAAUUAAUGAUGAAACAGUUGAAAUAGUCUCUGACCAUAUCAAGGAAUGCCAAUUUGGACUAAAUGAAGGCUUAGAAAGGAUUCUCGUUAAGGAAAACGGAGUAUGUGCGAACUAAUAGGCUAAUUAUUAUUAUAAUUAAAUAUGACAUUAAUUUUAUCGUUUGUUAUCGUUUAUGCGUGCUUAUUUAUGUACCUUAUUGUUUAAGUUGAUAGUUGAUACAAAUAAAUGAGCUUAUUUGCAAGGAUAA